AUGACCAUCCUCGCCCUCAUCGAGGACAGGCCGACGCCGAAAUGCGUUUACAACUGGCGCGUCUACCUGACGGCAUCGGUAGCAGCGUCUGCCGCUAUCAUGAUCGGCUAUGAUUCUGCUUUUAUUGGCGGCACCUUAGCCCUGCCAGCAUUUCGUGAAGAGUUUGGCUUCGAUGACAUGGAGAAGUCAGAAGUCAGCUUUCUAACAGCGAACAUUGUCUCAUGUUAUCAGGCCGGCGCCUUCUUUGGUGCCUUUUUCGCCUACCCCUUUGGGCACUUCUAUGGACGUCGCUGGGGCCUGUUCAUCUUCGCUGGUCUUUUCAUCCUUGGAGCUGGUCUAAUGCUCGGUGCAAACGGUGACAGAGGACUCGGGUUGAUCUAUGGAGGUCGUGUUCUGGCCGGAAUGGGUAUUGGCGCUGCGAGCAAUCUCUCCCCAAUCUUCUGCUCAGAGAUCUCACCUCCUGCAAUCCGUGGUCGCCUUGUCGGCCUCUACGAACUGGCCUGGCAAAUUGGCGGUCUUGUUGGUUUCUGGAUCAACUACGGAGUUGCUGAAACGAUGGCCCCAUCUCAUGAACAGUGGAUCAUCCCCUUUGCUGUCCAGCUCAUUCCUGCCGGCAUGCUCAUGAUCGGAUGCUUCCUGAUCAAAGAAUCCCCGAGAUGGCUUUUCAUGCGGGGCAAGCGCGAGCAAGCCAUCAAGAACCUGUGCUGGCUCCGCAAUCUCCCCGAGGAUCACAUCUACAUGCAAGAAGAGAUUGCUGCCAUUGACUACGCCAUCGAGCAGCAGGCGUCUACCAUUGGUCUUGGCUUCUUCCAGCCCUUCAAGUCUGUCUUCCACAACCGUCGCGUCCUCUAUCGUCUCCUGCUCGGUGGCUCGCUCUUCAUGUGGCAGAAUGGCACGGGCAUCAAUGCCAUCAACUACUACUCACCAACCGUGUUCAAGUCGAUUGGAAUCACGGGCACCAACACCUCUCUGCUCACCACGGGCGUCUUUGGUGUCGUCAAAACGCUCAUCACCUUGGUCUGGCUCUUCUAUUUGAUCGAUCGCUUAGGCCGCCGUGCGCUGCUCAUGUACGGUGCCGUUGCUGGUGGCCUCUGCAUGUGGUAUAUCGGAGGCUAUAUCGCAGUAUCCGAUCCACGUUCAAAAUCCGCUGAAAAUGCCUCCCUCUCCAGCGGUGGCAUCUCAGCCAUGGUCGCCUUCUACCUGUGGACAUGUUGCUACACACCGUCAUGGAAUGGAACACCAUGGGUUUUGAACUCGGAGAUGUUCGACCAAAACGUUAGGACCCUUGCCCAGGCAUUCGCCGCCGCCAAUAACUGGUUUUGGAAUUUCAUCAUUGCACGCUUCACACCUCAAAUGUUUGACACAAUGUACUACGGUGUAUAUUUCUUCUUCGCGAGUCUCAUGAUCUGCGCCGCAGUCUUCGUCUUCUUCCUGGUCCCUGAAACCAAGGGUAUUCCUCUCGAGAAGAUGGACAGGCUCUUUGAGCCCGGUCUGCCCGCUCGCAGGGCACACAAGGCGGUUCUGGCCGAGACCCAAGCAGAGGACAGGGAAUUCCGGAGGCAGUCUAUGGGGGAUGGGAAGGAAGGAGGAGUUGUCAACGAGAAGCAGGUUGAGAAUGUGUAA